GUUAGCGCACACCGAAUGCUAACUUCAUGCGUGCUACAUUCAGAGGCUUUUAUAAAGAACACGCAUUUACUGAAUGGCAAAUGGAAACAGUAAUUCAGUUCGGUUCAAAGCUGUACUCAUUUUAUAGACGACAAUAGGAACAUAACGUUUUACUCUCUGUAUACUAUGUUUAAGAGGAUGGCUGAAUUUGGUCCAGAUUCGGGGGGAAGGAUGAAGGGGGUGACUAUCGUGAAACCGAUCGUGUUCGGGAACGUUGCACGAUAUUUUGGCAAAAAAAGAGAAGAAGAUGGUCACACUCAUCAAUGGACUGUUUACGUCAAACCAUACAGAAACGAGGACAUGUCAGCUUAUGUCAAAAAAAUACAAUUUAAACUGCAUGAAAGUUAUGGGAACCCUUUAAGAGUGGUUACAAAGCCACCUUAUGAGAUUACAGAGACUGGCUGGGGAGAGUUUGAGAUCAUUAUAAAGAUCUUCUUCACUGAUCCAAAUGAAAGACCAGUCACUCUGUAUCAUCUUCUGAAGCUUUUCCAGUCAGACUCAAGUGCCAUGCCAAAGAAGACUGUUGUAUCCGAGUUCUAUGAUGAGAUGAUAUUUCAAGACCCUACAGCCAUGAUGCAACAGCUUCUAAACACCACCAGACAGUUGACGCUAGGGGCUUACAAACACGAGACGGAGUUUGCAGAGCUGGAAUUACGAACACGAGAAAAACUGGAAGCGGCGAAGAAAAAUACAAGCCAGGAGAUCACCGAGCUUAAGGAACGAUUGAAAGCCUCCAGAGAAAACAUUAACUUCCUCAAAGGAGAGAUACGCAGACUGGAGGAGGAUGACCACCUUAAAGAACAUUAAGAACUUUUACAACAUCGGAUUACAUCUGUCCUACAGCGCAUGAAUGUGGACAUUGAACAUUAAACACCCUUCAUCUCUUUGGGUUUCGUUAUGCUUUGUAGAGAAAAAAAAAGAAUAAUACAUAAAGUAGUGAACAACUGUGUUGUUAAUGUUUUAUGAUUGCCUUUUGAAUCUUUGUGGAGGUAACAUUUUAUAUAAAUAUUUUUUUUUACAGAAGUUCAUCUUGCUUUUCUUGUCUCCAGUUAUGAGAAUGAACUAAUAUGUUUGUGUAUUCAAUAUUUUUAUGCUUGAAUGGGCAAAAUCAUAAAUUAUUUAAAUUUACAAGUGAUUACUUUACGCAGUGUAUUCAACUAAAUGGUAAAGGAAUGAUAUUUGCAAAUUGCGACAGCCAUCGCUGCAACAAUUAAAGGUGCUAUGCUUUGAACCUCCACGAGAGGUCAGUAAAACAGUACAGUCAUUAUUUUCUCAUUUAAUAACACCAAAAAACAACAACAUAAAGGGUGAAUUGUAAACCAAGACAUAAAAACACAAUACCGCCUGAAUAAUGAACAGAUGCACAAGUUUAUCUAGCUCUCAAUGGGGGUUACCACUAUUGUUCUUGCCUGUUGUUUUUUGUAAGGAACAAGGUCCUAAAUGUUUUGGUUAUUGUAGAGAGACUAAAGUGCAUUUGAGGUAUGGUACGGUAUAGUAUUAAAAUACUAUAGUUUAACUAGGGUUACUGUAGUAAAACCAUGGUUACGUUUCUCCCCCCCCUCUCUCUCUCUCUCUCUCUCUCUCUCUCUAAUGUUUAAUAUAAUACCACAAUGUGAUUUGUGUGGGGUAUUAUGUAGUGUUUGUUUCCAGAUGGUUUAAUAAAGUGUGUUAA